AUGAGGGAGGCGAAGGUGGCGCCAAGUGUCAUCAGCUACAAUGCUGGGAUCAGCGCGGGCGAGAAGAGGGGGCAGUGGCAACAGGCAUUCGUGCUGCUCAGCGCGAUGCUGGACGCGAAGCUGGGACCCGACGUCGUGGGUUACGGCAGGCGGGCAGGGCCGGCGGGCGCUGCGGCCGCGGGCCGCCGGGCUGGGGCAGCUCUGGCGGCCUUCGCGGGCGGCCUUGCCCGGGCACGGAGCGGAGCCGGCCGGGCCAGGGCCUCGAGCGCUCCCGCGGCUUCGAGGCCGAGGCACGCAGGCGGGCUCUAUCGCUGCUCUACGAGAUUUGGGAAGUGAGGUUAGAGCCAGAUGCCAUCAGCUACAACUCUGGGAUCAGCGCGUGCGCGAACGGCGAGCAGUGGCAGCAGGCUCUCCCACUGCUCAGCGAGAUGUGGGAGGCGAAGGUGGAGCCAAGUGUCAUCAGCUACACUCUGGGAUCAGCGCGUGCACGAAAGGCGAGCAGUGGCAGCGGGCUCUAUCGCUGCUCUGCGAGACGUGGGAAGUGAGAUCGGAG